CCCUUUCCCCUUGCGCCGCCCGCGCGCGCAGGUGCGUGAGGCCGCGCCCGCCGGGGACCCUGCAGACGCGGGGCCGCCAUGGAGCACAUCCGCACGCCCAAGGUUGAAAAUGUCCGCUUGGUAGAUCGGAUGUCUUGUAAAAAAGCAGCACUGGGGACUUUAUAUCUGACGGCGACUCACGUCAUAUUCGUGGAAAAUGCACCCGACACAAGGAAAGAAACCUGGAUUCUUCACAGUCAGAUCUCCACCAUUGAGAAGCAGGCAACAACGGCUACUGGCUGUCCUUUGCUUAUUCGCUGCAAGAACUUUCAGAUUGUCCAGCUUGUCAUACCGCAGGAGAGAGACUGCCAUGACGUGUACAUCUCCCUGAUACGCCUUGCACGGCCAGUGAAAUACGAGGAGUUAUACUGCUUUUCCUUCAAUCCCAAGCUGGAUAAGGAAGAAAGGGAACAGGGCUGGCUGCUGAUUGAUCUCAGCGAAGAAUACAAGAGGAUGGGCCUCCCUGAUACCUACUGGCAGCUCAGCGAUGUGAACAGAGACCACAGAGUUUGUGACUCUUACCCCACGGAACUGUAUGUCCCCAAAUCAGCCACAGCACACAUCAUCGUGGGCAGUUCCAAGUUCCGGAGCAGACGACGAUUUCCUGCCCUUUCUUACUACUGUAAAGAAAGCCAUGCCUCCAUCUGCAGGAGCAGCCAACCCCUUUCUGGCUUCAGUGCUCGGUGUCUGGAGGACGAACAGAUGCUCCAGGCCAUCAGGAAAGCCAAUCCUGGAAGUGACUUCAUUUAUGUCGUGGACACGCGGCCUAAACUUAAUGCAAUGGCCAAUCGUGCCGCAGGGAAAGGCUAUGAGAACGAAGACAAUUAUUCCAAUAUCAAGUUUCAGUUUAUCGGGAUAGAGAACAUCCAUGUCAUGAGGAACAGUCUUCAGAAAAUGCUGGAAGUGUGUGAACUUAAAUCGCCCUCGAUGAGUGACUUCCUGUGGGGGCUAGAGAACUCAGGCUGGCUAAGGCACAUCAAGGCCAUCAUGGAUGCAGGGGUCUUCAUUGCAAAGGCAGUUUCAGAGGAAGGGGCAAGUGUGCUUGUCCACUGUUCUGACGGCUGGGACAGGACAGCCCAGGUGUGCUCGGUGGCAAGCCUGCUGCUGGACCCUUACUACCGGACUGUGAAGGGCUUCAUGGUAUUAAUUGAAAAGGAUUGGAUUGCCUUUGGACAUAAGUUUAAUCAUAGAUAUGGCAAUUUGGAUGGUGACCCGAAAGAAAUCUCUCCAGUCAUGGACCAGUUCAUUGAGUGCGUCUGGCAGUUAACGGAGCAGUUCCCUUGCGCCUUUGAGUUCAACGAGAGGUUUCUGAUUCACAUUCAGCAUCAUGUUUAUUCCUGUCAGUUUGGAAACUUCCUUUGCAAUAGCCAGAAGGAGAGGCAAGAACUCAAGAUUCAAGAAAGAACCUACUCUUUGUGGUCACACCUGUGGAAGAAUCGGGCUGACUACCUCAAUCCUCUGUUUAGAGCUGACCAUAGUCAGACCCAGGGGAGCCUUCAUCUGCCUACAGCUCCAUGCAACUUCACAUAUAAGUUUUGGAGUGGGAUGUAUAACCGCUUUGAAAAGGGGAUGCAGCCUCGACAGUCUGUUACAGAUUACCUCAUGGCCGUGAAGGAGGAGUCCCAGCAGCUGGAGGAAGAACUGGAGGCCCUGGAAGGGAGGCUGGAAAAAAUUCAGAAAGUCCACUUCAAUGGCACCAAAGUGAAGAGUAAGCCGAGUGAGCCCAGCAAACCCUCAGGAUUUUCUACCUCAGACAACAGCGCGGCCAACACUCCUCAGGACUACAGCGGGAACAUGAAGUCCUUCCCAUCCAGGAGCCCUUCCCAGGGUGACGAAGAUUCUGCUCUGAUUCUAACCCAGGACAAUUUGAAAAGCUCAGAUCCCGAUCUGUCAGUGAACAGCGAUCAAGAGUCUGGGGUGGAGGAUUUGAGCUGCCGAUCUCCAAGUGGUGGUGAGCAUGCGCCCAGCGAGGACAGUGGCAAGGACCGGGACUCUGACGAAGCUGUGUUUCUCACUGCCUGAAGUUCCCUUUGGAGUUCCAAAGUAAAAGACACAGAACCACUUCCAAAUUAAGGGGACAGUGCAAUUCAUAAUAAAAAUAUCUUGAGAAAUGGCACGUUCCAUCCAGAACCAUAAAAUACAGCUAUGAAAAUGAAAAAGAAAAAGAAUACAGUGUCUCAAUAGCCGGUUCUUUUAUCAACUCGUAAUGAAGACUGUUCAGCGUUCCCGAGGCUCAUGCUGGGCUGUGAAAGUGAUGUUCACUAUGAAGAAGCAAACCAUCAUCCCCCGAUCCAUACAGGUGGUCCAUACACGUCUUCCCUGACACAGAUGGCUCCACUUAGAAAGCCCCCUCUCCUUCCCUCCGCCUGUGUUAACGGCUUAGAAUUUCAUUUCCCUUCCAAAUACAGUUUGUUUUCUGAAACAUUUGACAUUUCCUUCUUCUGCCUUUACCAAUAUUUUUAAAAAUGAGUAUUGAAAGUAAUCUUUUUUGUUAAUAAUAUAUUCCUAAAUAGCUUUGAAACUAAUCUUUCAGGUAGGAUAAUCAUUUUAACUUCUCAUUAGAUUAUAUUUUAAAUUAUAUUUCCCCCCUCUGGAGUAUCUUCUGCUUUUCUUCAUCACAGAAAAAUGCUAAAAUGUAUGUUUACCUUAACAUGGAUGUAGUAUCUAAUAAAGCAGAAGCCUCACUCACUUUAUCUCAAAUAUGAAUCCAGAUAUCAGCUUUUAGCAACCUUUUAUUACUAUUUCAGAGACUACACUUACCAAAACUGUGAGCCACCACCAACCUGUAAUAAUACAUCAGCAAGGAAAAACUGGAGUGAAGAACUAGGGAUUCUGUGUCUUAGUUACUUUUCUCUUGUGAUGAGACACCACAGCCAAGGCCACUGGAAGAACGAGUUUAUUUGGGCUGACAGUGUCAGGGGGUCAGAGUCCAUGACUGCCAUGGCAGAGCAGCACAGCAGCAGGCAAGGGGCUGGAGCAGUGACCUGACAGCUCACAUCUUCACACAUAACCCAGAGGCAGUGAGAGCUAACUGGGAAUGCUGUGGGCUUUUUGAAAUUUAAAGCCGGCUCCCAGUGAUGGUAUAUAUCCCCUUCAACAAAGCCACACCUCCUAAUCCUUCCUAAACAGUUCCACCAACUGGGAACCAAGUGUUCACAUCUAAGCCUUUGGGGUCAUUCUUCAAACCCCUACAUCACGUCCAUUAGACAUGAGAAAAGGUUAUAGUGCUUUUCACUGUACAAAUUAUCUAACGAAUUAAUGUUUUCAGUAACAUUAGCAAUAUCUCAUGGUAAGACUGAUGAAUGCCAUUUCUGAAGUUUCUGUUAAAAUGCACAUUCAGAGCAGCAUCAUUCCCAUCUUAUGCUUAAAAACAAGAUCUGAAUUGAACUUUUGAUCUGAAGACUCUUCAUGGAGAAAUGUUGCUGUGUUUGAACACACUGAAAUGUUCUUAUUGUAUGAUUCUACAAUAUUAAUACAUUCUAAUAAAGAGAUAAAUUUAAUCUUAGUUUUUAUAACAGUAUUUUAAAAUGUGAAAAUUUCUAUCAGAUAAUGUAUUCAAUUUUGUGGAAAUAGAAAUACAUUAAGAAAGGACAAGAGACUUCGAAAACCUCUAGUGUGGGUUAUACACAUAAUGUAAUACAGUAUAAUAGUGUUCACAUUUAAAGAUGACUUUAAUAUACUAAAGGCCUGUAAUAUAAAAAUAUUGUUAAUAUAAAAAUAAAGCAAGUAUAAUUCUUUUAGAUGUUAAAUCUGAGUAUUUUCUGUUGAGAAAUUCCCCAAUUAAGCAUAAGGAAUAUUUAGUCAUUUUUUUGUAGUCUUAGCUCAUAGUCUAAUAUCUAAUAAACACAUGGGAUAUAGUGAGACUGGCUUUUACAGCUUUAUAACAUGACUUUCUUUCUUUCUUUUUUCUUGGGAGGAGGCAGCAUCUGACUAUGUAGUUCUGGAUACCCUCAAACUCAGGGAUCUUUCUGCCUUUGCCUCUUAUGUAUUGAAAUUAAAGGUGUGUGUCAUCAUGCCUGGCUUUUUUACCAUUUUUAAGAAACACUGUUACCUAAUUUCUUAUAGCAGACAAUCUAUUAAAAAAAAAAAAGAAAGAAAGAAGGGAAGAAAGGAAAAAAGAAAAGCCAGCAUCUGUGUCAAACUGGAUAAUACAUUUGGAAAAUCAAAUCGUAUAUUUUAAAUUUUAACUUUUUAACGUGGCAGCUUCAACAUCAGAGCCACACACUUUUUGUUCCCCUCAUCCUUUUACAAAACAUAAUGUGAGCAUGUGUUCACCAAGUCUUUUGUACAAGUUAACCUAGCACUGAAACUACAUACAAAUUUACUGCCUCUCUUUCCAGGGGCCUGGACAAACCGUGGUCAAUUCAACAAGACUAAAACCUCUAGUACUACAUGUUCAUUCUAAAUCAAGCUUCAGUCAUGAAGCAUUUUAUUAUUUAAGGUAACACUUCAGGGAAUACUUCAGUAUAUAACUGAUUGAAGACACAGUACUUCCCAACCAGUAAUCGAUACAAGUCAAAUGACUUGUUACUUUUAGUAAUACUAAACUGGAUAUGAAAAAGGAAAAAAAUUUUGAUCAUGUUUGAACAAGUCAAUUGACAAACUUAAAUUAAAAAUAAGGAAAAUAAACUAACCUUCAAGCAAUUUUUUAAAAUUAAAUUUGCACAUGUGUGUGCACACAUGUGUGCACAACUCUGCUCCAGUGCUGAAGUGAGAGAACAGAGCAGGUAUCGUCCUUCCCUUCCACCCUGUGUGCAGCAAGGUCUCGUUUGCCACUAUUCUGUCCACCAUACAAACUGGUCUGCAAAGCUUCCGGAAUGAUUCUCAGCCUCCUCUCUUGUGU